AUGUCAUCAAACAAUAAUUUAAAAGAUGAUGAAACUUUUUUAAAAGAAUUUUUAAAAGAUUUUUAUCAUCGUAUAAUUAAAAUAGAUAAUUAUGAAAAAUUUGAAAAUAUUUUAAAAGAAUGGGUACAAGAUUAUUUUAAUAUUAAUGAAAAAAAUCCUGAAAUAAUUUUAAAAUUAAUGGAAGAUCAUAAAGAGAAUAAUAAUUGGUUUUCAAGUUUAAUAGGAUUUUUUUAUGAACAUGAUAUAGAUAUUAUUUUAAAUAAGAGAGAUUUGAUCGCAAAAGAAUCUGAUUAUUAUGAAAAUAAAUAUAUAAUGUCAUAUAAUCAGGUCGAAAAUUUUGAUGGAUUAGAAAUAAAUAUAUGCAAAGAUGAGAUAAGUACUAUGGAAAAAUAUUUUGAAUCAAAAGAUAAAGGUAUUAAUGAAAAUCAAAUGGAAAAGAAAGAGUUAAUAGAGUUGAACAAUUUAGGUUAUUGUUAUCAGCAUGGAGUAGGAAAAAAGAAAGAUGAGUUUAAAGCAUUUGAAUUUUAUUUAAAAUCAGCGGAAGGAGGUAAUUCCGACGCACAGAAUAACAUAGGUUAUUGUUAUCAAAAUGGGAUUGGAAUAACAAAAGAUGAAGAGAAAGCAUUUGAAUGGUAUUUAAAAGCUGCUAAUAAAGGUGAUUUACAUGCGCAGUAUAACUUAGGUGUUUGUUAUCAAAAUGGAAUGGGAGUCAAUAAAGAUAACAAAACAGCCUUUGAAUGGUAUCUUAAAUCAGCUAAAGAAGGUUAUUCACCAGCACAAUAUAUAUUAGGUAAUUAUUACCAAAAUGAAAUUGGAAUAGAGAAGGAUUUAGAACAAGCUAUUCACUGGUACAGUAAAGCAGCAGAAAAUGGAAAUAAAGUAGCACAAUAUAAUUUGGGUAAUUGUUUUAAAAAUACAGAAAAUGGAGAGAAAAAAGCUUUUGAAUAUUACAAAAAAUCAGCUAAUCAAGAAUACUUAGAAGCUCAAUUUGAAUUAGGAUGUUGCUAUGAUAAAGGAAUUGGUACUGAAAUUAAUAAAACUAAAGCAUUCAAUUUAUAUGAAGUAGCAGCUACAAAAGAACAUAUUAUCGCACAAUAUAAUCUUGGAAUUUUGUACAGAAAUGGUGAAGGUAUAGGAAUGGAUUUCGAAAAGGCAGUUUAUUGGUUUAACAAAGCAGCAGAAAAUGGAUAUGAAGUAGCACAAUAUGACUUAGGAAGUCAUUAUCAAUUUGGAAUAGGAGUUGAAAUAAAUGAAGUCAAAGCAUUUGAAUGUUAUGAGAAAGCAGCUUAUAAAGAAUAUUUAGAUGCUCAAUUUGAAUUAGGAUAUUGUUAUGAUAAUGGAAUUGGUACUGAAGUUAAUAAAACAAAAGCAUUUGAAUUAUAUAGUAUAGCAGCUGAUAAAGGAUGUGAUGCUGCGCAAAAUAAUCUUGGAGUUCUAUAUGGAUGUGGUAUAGGAACUGAAAUCAAUGUAGAAAAAGCUUUUUAUUGGUACAAUAAAGCUGCAGAAAAUGGAUAUUGUAUAGCACAAUAUAAUAUAGCAUAUUAUUAUCAAUUUGGAUUAGGAGUUGAAAAGGAUGAGGGUAAGGCAUUUGAAUAUUAUAAAAAAGCAGCUGAUCAAGAAUGUUUAAAAGCUCAGUAUGAAUUAGGAUAUUGUUAUUAUAAUGGAAUUGGUACUGAAGUUGAUAAGACAAAAGCAUUUGAAUUAUUUAAUAUAGCAGCAGAAAAAGAAUGCGCUUCAGCACAAACUUAUCUUGGUUAUUUAUAUGAACAUGGUCAAGGUACAGAAGUGAAUUUAGAAAGAGCUAUUUACUGGUAUAAUAAAUCAGCAGAAAACGGAAAUGAAGUUGCACAAUAUAAUUUAGGCAGAUGUUAUAAGUAUGGAAAAGGUGUUGAAAAAGAUGAAAAUAAAGCUUUUGAAUAUUAUAAAAAAGCAGCUGACAAAGAAUAUUUGAAUGCUCAAUAUCAACUUGGAUAUUGCUAUGAUAAAGGAAUUGGUACAGAGAUUGAUAAAACAAAAGCUUUUGAACUAUAUAAAAUUGCUGCUGAAAAAGAACAUGUUCUCACACAAAAUAGUUUAGGAAUAUUAUAUGAGAAUGGUGAAGGUACUGAAAUAAAUUUAGAAAAUGCUGUUUAUUGGUACAGUAGAGCAGCAGAAAAUGGAAAUGAAGCAGCACUAUAUAAUUUAGCUAAUUGUUAUCAAUUUGGAAAAGGUGUCAAAAAAGAUGAAAGGAAAGCUUUUGAAUAUUAUAAAAAAUCAGCCGAUAAAGAAUAUCUAAAUGGCCUAUUUAGUCUUGGAUAUUGUUAUUUUGAAGGAAUUGGAAUUGAGGCUGAUGAAGCAAAGGCAUUUGAGUUAUACAUAAUAGCAGCUAAACAAGGGUGUAUUCCUGCACAAACUAGUCUUGGUUAUUUAUAUGGAAGUGGCAAAGGAAUUGAGAAAGAUUUAGAAAAAGCUUUUUAUUGGCAUAAUAAAGCGGCAGAAGGAGGAUGUAAAACAGCAUUAUAUAAUUUAGGUGAAUGUUAUGAAUUAGGAAAUGGUGUGAAUAAAGAUCUGUUUAAAGCAUUUGAAUAUUAUAAGAAAUCAGCUGAAGAUGGAGAUAAGGAAUUGAAAUUUCACCUUGGAUAUUGCUAUGUAAAUGGUAUUGGAAUUGAAGUUGAUAAAGAAAAAGGGUUUGAAUUAUAUAAUGAGGCAGUUGGAAAAAAUAUUCAAGUUAAUCUCAUUGAAAAUGAUGAAGAAUUAGUAAAUGAUUUAGAUAAAGUUUAUUAUUGGUAUCAUAAAGCUGCAGAAAAUAAUAAUAAACUUGCAUUAUAUAAAUUGGGUGAAUUUUAUGAAUUAGGAAAGGGUAUUUUCCAAAAUCUGAUUAGAGCAUUUGAAUUUUAUAAAAAAUCAGCCGAUCAAGGAUUUAUUGAUGCUCAAUAUAAACUUGGAUAUUUUUAUGAAAAAGGAAUUGAUAUUGAUGUUGAUAAAGUAAAGGCAUUUGAGUCUUAUAAAAUAGCUGCAGAAGGAGGAAACAUCAAUGCACAAAGAAAUCUUGCAUUUUUAUAUGAACAAGGCGAAGGAACUGAUAAAAGUGCGGAAAAUGCUAUUUAUUGGUAUAAGAAAGUUAUAGAAAAUGGAUAUUUAGAUGUUCAAGAGAAGUUAGAUAUACUUUUACAACAACUAGAAAUUCAAGCCUGCGAGGAAUGGAUGAACUGCUUUCAUCCUCCAGCUUUUGUUAUGUCUCGUUACCGUUGGCGAUGUCAACGACAUUAUCAUCAAGCUAUAGACACUUGCCACAAGGAGAGCCCGCUGGAAACUGAUCCACGAUUUGACAAACCACAAAAGACUUCAACUAAAGUUAAUAAUUCUUCAGCGGAUCCCGCUUUCAUCAGAGCCAAUCCACCAUUAACAACAGCAAAGAUUUCUUCAGGAGAAGAGGCUAGCAAAGUAUAUCCUAUUGCAUUCCUUAUUGGAACACCAGGCAGCAAUACUCACGUCACGAUCCGUUUGCCACAACAGAUUCAACUUUGGAAUCGUUUAACGAAAAGUGUUUUACAUCAUAAAGCCCAUGGGAGCUCGAUGAGUCUGAAACCAUAUUUGCUUAACGAAGUCAAGGCAGGCUCUCGUCCCUAUGUUGUUUUUAAACAGGUAUACCACAUGCCCAAACGCACCAAAGAUUGGGAUAGCGUAGAUCGAGAAAUGGCUGCAAAGCGCGAUGGUUAUCACCCUACAGCGGUCCUUCGUCGGACCAAAAAUUGGAUACAUAGAGUUAAAAACCUACCUUUAUAUAAUACAAAUGAUGAUACAUGGACUUCAAAGAAAACCAUUGGUGAUCCGCCAACACCUCGUGCAUACCAUUCUGCCGUUCUGACUCAAGAUGGUCGUAUUAUCGUGUAUGGAGGUAUUGAUAAGGCUGCAACCGAUGAUCUUGUGAUAUUAGAUGUAUCACAAGCUGAUUAUACUUGGUCAAGAGCGAAUGUCUCCACAAAAUCACCACUUUCACGUUCUUACCAUACGGCUACUUUGGUCGGUCAUUAUAUGUUUGUGAUUUUUGGAAAAAAUAAUGAGUUCUUAUUACCAACCACACCAAAUGAAGUAUUUAUUUUAGACACGAGCGAUAAAUCUAAUUACAAAUGGGUUAGUGAGUUUGAUCCUAAUCUGAUACUUCCCACACCUCCAACAGCUCCUACACCUCCAAGAACUCCCACGCCUCCAACAACUCAAGAUCAAAAUUUAAGAAAAGACGACUAUCAAGAUUAG